AUGGUUCGAAGCAUAAUUGAGAGCAGAGAAUUAGAAUGCAAGCCAAAGAACAUUGCGAUUAGCUAUGUAAUGAAUGGGCAGGGUAAAAUACAUCCCACGUUCAUAAAUAAUGAUCGGCAUGUAUCGUUAUACAUGUUGGAUGUCGUUGCCGAUGGCUCUAGGCUAUUAUUGAGAGUAAAUAUCGUUCUGGGGUCUCCGACAACCCGACCACCACAGUCGACAAUCGACGAAGAUGAUUCAUUUAAAAAUGAGAGUUUGGAUGCUAAUCCAAUGGAUUUGAAAGAUGAUUCAAUGGAAUUGGAAGAUCAAAUUUUCUCGAGAGAAGGGGGAGAAGACAGUAAAAAGGAGCUGAAAUUGUUGUUGGACGUAGCAACUGUGAGAAAUUCUUUUGAUUAUGCUACAUUGAAGAGUUGCAGCAAAUUCCUCAAGGUGAAAUGUGUUUGUCCUAGCUGCGGGUGGAUGUUGCGAGCGAAGAAGUAUAAAUGCACGGACAGAUUCGUCAUCUAUAAAUACGUUGCCGAUCACAGUUGCAGCGUUGAAUACACCACCCUCUGCCAUAGGAAAAUCUCAUCUAAAUUCAUUGCAUCACUGUGUGUGAACAUGUAUCGCGAAGAAAAGGGUCCAGACACUAGCGAGAUUCGGCGGAUCAUUUUCAAGAACUUGAAAAGUAGAACAAGCCAUUGGAAAUGUUGGCUGGGGGGUGUGAUUGCCAAGAAAAUGGUUCAAGAGACAGCGGAGCAUAGGUAUUCCUGCCUGCCCGUUUUUUCGUACAUGAUCGACGCUCUUAAUAUUGGUACUACCUAUUCCAUCAUGGUGAACAAGGUCGAUUGUAGGUUUAUGUACUAUUUUUUAUCGUUGGGCCCUUGCAUUAGGGGAUUUGCCCACAUGAGAAAGGUUAUUGUGGUCGACAACACUUAUUUAUACGGCAAGUACGAGGGUGCACUGCUAAGCGCGGUUGCAUAG